AUGGGAUACACAUCAAAUGCUUUUUCUCAUUCGUGUCAGGACUGGAACGACAUUUCCCAAGAGGUUGCACGUAGGAUGCACGACAUCCAUGGUGGAAGACAGAGGCCAUCGAUCUGGACUCGUGGCGACUUCAACAAAGUCAGAGAAGCUGAUGGUAUUAUACCACCCUGUAUUAUGGAUUUUUUCCUACAUGUGGUAGGAUCUCUGGGUGGUUGUCUGGUCGUGUUGAUAUUCUUGAUUUUCGUGGACAAACUUGAUAUCAAGUGCUCCGUGUGGUUGGGACCUCGCGGAUCUCAAUGUCCAGCACAGUCGUGCUUUUGCACUGACUGCGAUCCAUGCAAUAUGUUCGGCUACCGCAAGCUUGACUGGUCAAGAUUUGGAUGCCGGCUUGGUGGAAUUCCUUUGAAUCGUUGCAGGAUUGCUUUGGGCAUCAACAUGAGCUGGUUUGCAUUGAAUGCAUUCCUGGCAUGGAAGGCCAGGACGAUUUGGCGUCAGUGUGCGUACUCACAAAGGGUCAGACUCACAACGUUGCGCAUACUAGUCCUUCUGGUCUGUUCUAUCAACAUGAUCAAGGCAUUCACCCUGAGUUGGCCGCCAUUUAUUGCCUCCUUGCUGUACCUGUUCAUGGACACUUUCAUGCUUUCGUCGUCAGUAUUGGUUUUUCUGACCAUCCUGGCACUCUAUGGUGCAGCAACCCAAACUUACGCAGGCACUGCAUUCAUAUUGCACAAAUCCAUUGGGCGCUCAUUCAUGCUUAUGGCCUUUGUCGGGGAGCCAUCGGUGGCAUUCUAUCAUUGGUGUGCAGGGAAGUCAGGCGAAUCGAUCGAUCAGUCCCUCAAGUUCUAUGGCCUGUAUGUCUACCUUGGCACCGUCUUUGCUGGCUGCAGUUGGUAUAUGUCCAGAUCCCUACAGAGAGGAGGAGUGCACAACAGAUACAAGGAGAUCCACUCUGUGAUGUUUCGUUUCCUGCUGCUGAAGAUAAUCUGGAGUGUUAGCCUUGCAGGGCACCACGUGCUGGCAUGUUCGACCGUGCAUGAUUUUGCAGCCCAAAUAAACCUUUUUGCAGUUAUUGUCCAACGACUGUGCUCUUGGGCGACCCUGCUCUGUCUACAGAAAUUUGCAGAUGCAUACUGCAACCUGCAGCUGCAGCUUGGAAGCUGA